AUGUGGCUCUACCUGGUUGCCCUGGUAGGGCUUUACAUCCUCUGCCAAUUGUACCGGGAGAAACAGAUAGUGGAGAACUUGACAGAGAAAUAUGUCUUCAUCACUGGCUGUGAUUCUGGCUUUGGGAACCAGCUGGCCAGGCAGCUGGAUGCUCAGGGUCUGAGGGUGUUGGCUGCUUGUCUAACUCCAGAAGGGGCAGAACAGCUGGAAAAAGUCGCAUCGGUUUGUUUGAAAACCAUUCUGUUGGAUGUCACCAACACUGAGAGUGUUGCAGCAGCAACUGAUUGGGUGGAGGAACAAGUAGGAGACAAAGGACUCUGGGGCUUGGUGAACAAUGCAGGAGUUGCUUUUCCAUUGGCUCCCAACCAGUGGCUGACCAAGGAUGACUUUGCAAAGGUGCUAAAUGUCAACUUGCUGGGAGUGGUUGAUGUGACACUCCAUUUGCUGCCCCUCAUCAGGAGAGCCAGAGGGAGAGUGGUCAAUGUGAGCAGUUUGGCUGGAAGAAUUGCCUGUGGUGGAGGCGGCUACAGCCCUUCAAAAUUUGCACUGGAAGCCUUCUCUGACAGCCUCCGACGUGAAAUGCAUCCUUUUGGGGUCAAAGUCAGCAUCAUCGAGCCAGGUGCAUUUUUAACAGGACUAGAUAAAUGUGCAGCAGAGUUCUACAGCACCCUCUGGAGCAACGUACCACCUGAUAUCAAAGAACUCUACGGCCAGGAAUUCUGGAGAAACUUUAACCAAACAUUUGUUGGCAAAAGAUGGAAGAAGAAAAAUCUCCACAUAGUUACAGACUGCAUGGAACAUGCCUUAAUCUCUGCCUACCCUCACAGCCGUUAUGCUGCAGGCCGAGAUAUCAAAUUCUUCUUCAUCCCCCUCUCUUACUUGCCAACCCUACUGACGGAUUAUAUUCUGACAUAUGGCCAACCCAGACCAGCCAAAAGUCUAUUGUCAGAAGCUGCUGUUAGUUGGACUGCUAUUGCAACAGAGCUCUUUGCUAAACAGCUUGCUGAAUUCAGCCAUCAGCUCCAAGCCAUGCAUUCUGACCCAGUCAAGACUCAAACAGCAAAUUGUCAUAUUUGA